AUGGAAGAGGAAAUUGGUACUGAUCCGCUUGCGGAGCCGAUUUUCGGAAUGCAAAAUGAGAGGUUGGUGGAAGACAGAGGAGUGUUCCGCAAUAACCUAUACUCAGAUGUUCCUUCCGAUUGGGGGGAGGAGACGCUAGAUAGAUUAACCGGAAGCUGUCUUCUUGCAUUUUCUUUUGUUGACCUCCUGGUUAUAUUCGGCCUUGCCGCGCUGACUGCUCGCUCUUUUCACUCGGACUAUAUGGAGCAAAUGAUGAAUAUAAGAUUGGAUGCCACAAGCGGAUCCUAUCAACAAAUCUCACAUCUGCUAACAUGUAAGUUGAAAGAUGCUUGUUUGCCCUCACAGCCCUCACGCCAAUAA